AUGAGGCUGCGGUCUUUGUCGAAUCCUGGGAUGGCGCAGGUCGAUGGGGUCUUUCCAAGGAGACAUAUGAACGACCGAUCUGUCUACCACAGCGAUGCAUCCAACGACGAUGCAUCAACACUCAAAGGCGAAGGGAGGCCCGAUACGAUACAGGAAAGCUUGAGAAUCCCAGGGACUGCAAAGUCGAAUCGGUCGCGCCAUGGUCCGAAAUUGGUGACAUGGGAUGGCCCUGAAGACCCAGAAAACCCUAAGAACUGGAGCACUAAGAAGAAGUGGGCUGCUACUAAUACAGUAUCACUAUUUACAUUUAUCUCGCCGGUUUCUUCUUCGAUGGUUGCGCCAGCACUCACAUCGCUGGCUGCCGACUCCAACGUUAAGGACGAAGUAGUCUCUCAACUCAUGCUGUCAAUCUUCAUUCUAGCCUACGCAGUAGUCUUUAAAAUCGGAUGUGCUGUGUCAAAUAACAAGGUUCAAAUGAUCGUAUGCCGUUUCUUCGCUGGACUAGGAGGAAGUGCCCCGCUAGCAAUUGGCGGUGGCGUCCUCUCAGACUGCUUCCGCGCCGAAGAAGGCGGAAAAGGCAUCGCAAUCUACAACCUAGCACCUCUCCUAGGCCCAGUGCUAGGCCCAAUCGCGGGAGGCUUCAUCGCCGAAAACACAACAUGGCGCUGGGUCUUCUACUCAACAUCAAUAGUAGACGGCCUAAUCCAAGUGAUGGGGCUCUUCUUCCUGCGCGAAAGCUACGGGCCCAAAAUCCUCAUCGACCGAGCAGUGCGCAUCCGCAAAGAAACAGGCGACGAAUCCUAUCAAACAGAAGCAGAGCGCCAAAAGAAGGCCCUACCACAAGUCCUCCGCGGCUCACUCGUCAGACCAUUUAAACUCCUCCUCACCCAACCAAUUGUCCAAGUCCUCGCCCUAUUCAUGGCCUACAUCUACGGCAUCAUGUACCUCGUCAUUUCGACAUUCCCCUCCCUCUGGACAAGUCCAGAGUAUUACAACGAGUCCAUUGGUAUAGGCGGCUUGAGCUACAUCUCACUGGGUCUAGGCUUCUGGCUCGGUUCUCAGAUCUGCGCACCCCUCAACGACAGAAUCUACCGCCGUCUCAAGGCUCGCAACAAUGGCGUCGGGAAACCAGAAUUCCGUUUUCCACUCUUAUUUGUCGGUGCCUUUUUCAUUCCUUGUGGUUUGUUCAUCUAUGGCUGGACAGCGCAGAAACAUUGUCAUUGGAUCGCGCCUAAUAUCGGCGCUGUGCUGUUUGGUACUGGUACUAUCGUUGCUUUCCAGUGUAUCCAGAACUAUAUAGUUGAUACAUAUACGCGCUUCGCGGCUAGCGCCUUUGCAGCUGGUGCGUUUUUGCGGUCGUUGGCUGGAUUUGGAUUUCCGCUUUUCGCACCGUAUAUGUAUAAUGCGUUGCAUUAUGGCUGGGGAAAUAGUUUGCUGGGUUUCUUGGCUAUUCUCAUUGUUGCUCCUGCACCUGUAUUCUUGUGGAAGUUUGGUGAGAUGUUGAGGAAAAAGAGUACUUAUGCUGCUGGAUAA